AUGGCACAAGUUGAGUCUGAGACCAAAGGGAGCUCCACUAAUGAGCCCGAGAGUAACACCGAAGCUCUCAUAGCUACACUUCCCACAAGGGAAGGAUGGUCGACGCCCCUCACCCUCUACAACAACUGCUGGCUGAGAUCACACAUGCUGAGAAGAUUCAUGGUCGUGAGAGACAACUUCAAGCCCCGGCGCGACGACAUCAUCCUGGCCACCCACCCCAAGAGCGGCACCACCUGGCUCAAGGCCCUCGCCUUCACCAUCUCCACCCGCUCCCGCUGCGACUUCACCGACAGCCCUCUGCUCACAAACAACCCACAGCGGGUCGUGCCCUUCAUUGGAGCCAUGGGUGGAGACCUCGACGUCCUCGAGACGCUCCCUUCGCCGAGGCUGCUCGCCACCCACCUGCCUCCCUCGCUGCUCCCGCCGGCCGUCUCCACCGUCGGCUGCAGGGUCGUGUACCUCUGCCGCGAGCCCAAAGACGCCUUCGUGUCAAGGUGGCACUUCGACAACAAGAUGGGAAAAGGCGGGGCUCCUAUCACCCUGGGCGAUGCCUUCAACAUGUUCUGCGAAGGGGUCUCCCCAUUCGGGCCCUUCUGGGACCAUUAUCUCCAGUACUGGAAAGAAAGCUUGGCGAGGCCGCAAGAGGUAAUGUUUCUCAAGUAUGAAGAGAUUGUGUCGGAUCCACUCACGGUUGUUAGAAAGCUCGCAAGCUUCCUCGAUGUGCCCUUCACAGAAGAGGAGGAGAAGAGUGGGGUCGUCGAUCAGGUUGUGAGCUUCUGCAGCUUCGAAUCACUUCGCAACCUAGAUGUUAACAAGACAGGCGGUGCGGAGCGUGCAGGUGGUAAGAUUUUCAUCCAGCACUCCUCACUGUUUAGGAAAGGGAAGGUCGGGGACUGGGUGAACCAUAUGAGCAAUGAAAUGGGAGAAAAAAUGGAUCGCCUGGUGGAGGAAAAGUUCAAAGGAACUGGUCUAGAGUUCUGA